CGUCAUUUCAUCGGGCUGUGUUUUUCACUCGCUUGACGUCAUUUUCCGUCGCCGCUGUGUUGUGUUCCUGCGUUUUGCUUGUGUGUAAGUCAGUGUGCUGUGUAUCUUCGUGUGACUGACAGCCGGUAACACCGGUGACUUUACAAGGUUGCAAACAUGGCUCAGUACAAGGGAGCGGCCAGUGAGGCCGGAAGAGCCAUGCAGCUCAUGAAGAAGCGAGAAAAACAGCGAGAGCAGCUGGAACAGAUGAAGCAGAAGAUAGCGGAGGAGAAUGUGGUUAAAGCCAACAUCAACAAGAAGUUCUCUGCUCAUUAUGAUGCUGUGGAAGCGGAGCUGAAAUCCAGCACAGUGGGUUUGGUGACCCUAAAUGACAUGAAAGCUAAGCAAGAGGCUCUUGUGAAAGAGAGAGAGAAGCAACUAGCAAAAAAGGAGCAGUUCAAAGAUCUUCAGCUAAAACUGGAGAAGCAGAGGGAAAGAGAGCGGAAGAAAGAACAGAAACGCAAAAUCGCCAGUUUGUCGUUUAAUUUGGAUGAAGAUGAGGAGGAAGAAGACGAAGAUGAUGAUGAAGAUGAUGAUGAAAUGGAAGAUGAUGAAGACAUAAUAAAGGAAGAAUUGCCAAAGAAGAAAAAGAAGCUUGGGAAAAAUCCAGAUGUGGAUACAAGUUUCUUGCCAGACAGAGAUAGAGAGGAAGAAGAGAAUAGGCUUCGAGAAGAACUUAGACAGGAGUGGGAACGUAAACAGGAAAAGAUAAAGAGUGAAGAAAUAGAGAUCACAUUCAGUUACUGGGAUGGGUCUGGACAUCGCAGAACAGUAAAGAUGAAGAAGGGGAACACGAUGCAGCAGUUUCUGCAGAAAGCCCUGGAGAUCCUACGUAAAGACUUCAGUGAACUCAGGUCUGCUGGUGUCGAGCAGCUCAUGUACAUAAAGGAAGAUCUCAUUAUCCCACAUCAUCACAGUUUUUAUGACUUCAUUGUGACAAAGGCAAGAGGAAAAAGUGGUCCUCUCUUUAAUUUUGAUGUUCACGAGGAUGUGCGGUUGCUGAGCGAUGCGACAGUGGAAAAGGAUGAGUCUCAUGCUGGCAAAGUUGUACUCCGUAGCUGGUACGAGAAAAACAAGCACAUAUUUCCAGCAAGCCGGUGGGAACCAUAUGACCCGGAGAAGAAGUGGGACAAAUACACGAUCCGGUGAUACGUCCAGUGACCUGACCACUGGCACUAGCCCAAAAUGCCCUUUUACAAGGAACUACAGUUAUGAAUAAUAAAAGGAAGAAAAUAGUCUAUAUUGUUUUUGACAUUGUUUUCAUUUUGUGAUUUUACAGCCUUGAAACACCUUUGGUUAAAUAAAAGCAUCUAUUUUUUUUUUAUUUCAUGUUCAAUGAUCUCCUGUAGAACAUUUAUCUAUUGUCAUGUAUAGUGAAGAAUAUUAUUUUACGCUGAAUUUUUACAGUAAUAAAUACUUGGAUGCCCUUG